GGUUCCACCACAGCCCUAUACACCAUGAUGUCACUAGUAUUCAUCUUUGGUCUCCUGGCUGGAGCUGCACAGGCUGCCUCAGGAGAUCUUAUGCCCAGCAAUGUCUACAUGCCCCUUGUUGUGGGUGCACCAAAGGUUCUAACACCAAAGAUAGUAAAUGGUUAUCCUGCAUCAAGGGGUCAGUUCCCACACCAAGCUGCUGUUACUAUAGAUGGUUCAUCUUUCUGUGGCGGUUCCCUCAUCUCCGAAACCUAUGUGCUAACUGCUGCACAUUGUGCUCAAGGAUCGCAAUUCCAAAUCCUGCUGGGUGGCCAUUCACUGAGCUCUAGUGACGAUGGGAGUGCUACUGUGCUGACAUCAUCCAAGACUGUCCAUAGUGAUUACAAUAGCCAGAAUCUGCAAAAUGACGUUGCAGUCCUUCGGCUUCCAAAUCCUGUCGCUCUUAAUGAGUACAUCAAGCUAGUAAAUUUGCCAUCCCUCUCGCCAACUCCCAGCACAUAUGAAGGUGAAAGUGCUGUAGUCAGCGGAUGGGGAAAGACAUCAGAGAAUGGUGGCGUCAGUAACACUCCAAAUUUUGUUGAUGUGGAUAUCAUAAGUAAUGAUGUUUGCUCCUCGUACUAUGGCAGCAUUAUUGCCCCUAGCACUAUCUGUGCUAGUGGUUCAGGAGGCAAGAGCACUUGCAACGGAGAUAGUGGUGGUGCUUUGGUGCUCAAUAAUGGUGACAGCUACUUGCAGAUUGGAGUGGUGAGUUUUGUGUCCUCCCUUGGAUGCGCCAGUGGUUACCCUUCAGGCUAUGCCCGCGUCACAUCGUUCCUGAACUGGAUCUCUGACAACACUGGAAUUAAGAUUGAUGAAUAAGAAAAGCAGAGUGGCAAAAUGACUAAGAAAUACAAUAUUGCUGAUAUUCAGUAUUUAUGAAUAUUAAUAUGGUCUGUCCAGAAUGUAAAAGGUCUGAUUCUGUGUUUUCUUCCUGUUAAGAUGUGUCAGGAAGUGGCAUGGAAAUAAAUACACAGAAAACGUUUAUGCUAAACCCCCACAAUUUUUUACUUGAAUGAUAAGAUUGUUACCAACUAAGAUUUUCAGUACAUCUACAGAGAUUCUAUAGUG